AUGCCCCGCAAAGCUUCAGCAGUUAAGGAUGUAAAAGAAGUAGCUAGCGAAAAGGGUAAUGUUGAGCCUACACAGCCAGUAGACUCUGAUACACCAAAACCAACUAACGAUUUAAUUGAAAUUCACACACCAUUCUACGAGCCACUUUCUAAGAAAGAACUUGCUAAGGCAAAAGAUAAGAAAACAAAUGAAGAUAAGAAAACUAAGGAUGAGUAUCUUUGGAAAUUAAUCAGAUGUAAAUAUCUGCUUACAAUAAAGCUUUGCUCAGCUUGUCAGAAUCGUCUAUUCCUGAUGCAAGACAAAUUUAUACGUUAUGCAACAGGAGUUACAUUGAAAAUUGACUUAUGCAAUGAUUGUAUAGAUACUAAUUGCCGUGCUUCAGACGUCUUGGCUCCAUUCAAGCAAACUGGAACUAAACGAAAAGCCAACUAA